UAAAUAAAGUUUCGGUGAAAUGACCUUCCCUUGUCAUCAUCCGGGAACCUACAUACCUCACAUCACGCGUGCGCACUCGUCCGUUGUGGUUCGACCUCUGUAGUUGAUAGACCCGGGCUUCAGCUAGACUGACCGAACCGGUUAAUAGUACCUAAGGGAGAAAAUGUACGCCUGUGCAAAGUUCGUCUCUUCGCCGGCUGUGGUCCGUGCUGGUUCCCGGGCUCUUUAUAGACCCCUGUCUGCCUGUGUGUUGUCAAGGCCUGAGAUUAAAACAGAGAGCAGUGUUGCUGUGAUGCCACAGAACCCUCUCACCCAGGUCACACUUAGGAGCUUCCAGACCAGCGCUGUCAGCAAGGACAUUGACACCGCUGCCAAGUUUAUUGGAGCUGGAGCUGCUACAGUUGGUGUAGCUGGAUCCGGUGCUGGAAUUGGGACGGUGUUUGGCAGUCUCAUCAUCGGCUAUGCUAGGAACCCAUCUUUGAAGCAGCAGCUCUUCUCGUAUGCCAUCCUGGGAUUCGCCCUGUCUGAGGCCAUGGGACUGUUCUGUUUGAUGGUUGCUUUCCUUAUCCUGUUUGCUAUGUAAAACUGCUGUCAUACAACACUUACAGAUGUAACUACAUAUUUUAUUGUGGCUACUAAAAUUGUUCCAUGUUGUUGUCAAGGAAAUGUACAUUUUCAAGUCUUUCAGACGCUGUCGAAAUAAGCAAAACAUGUAUUGUACAAAUGUAAGAAAUUACGUGAUUAAAAUACAUGUAUUUGACUAUUUA